UGCUGCGGUCCUCACGGCCCGGCUCGCCGCCGCCCGCCAGCUCCUUGGCCCCGCGCAGCGGCCCGCUCUCCAGCACCUCCCGCUUAUAGAAAUGGGACGACGGUCUUCAGAUACUGAAGAGGAGAGCAGAAGCAAGAGAAAAAAGAAACACCGUAGACGUUCAUCUUCAAGCAGUUCGUCAGACAGUAGAACUUAUAGCAGAAAGAAAGGAGGAAGGAAAUCAAGAUCAAAGUCAAGAUCAUGGUCCAGAGACCUUCAGCCACGUUCACAUUCUUAUGAUAGAAGACGCAGACAUCGGUCAAGCAGUAGCUCUUCUUAUGGCUCUAGAAGAAAACGAAGUAGAAGUCGUUCAAGGGGUCGAGGGAAGUCUUACAGAAUCCAGAGAUCUAGAUCAAAAAGCAGAACAAGAAGGUCCAGGUCAAGACCUCGACCACGUUCCCACAGUCGUAGCAGUGAGAGGUCCAGUCACAGAAGAACCCGCAGCCGUUCCAGGGAUCGAGAGAGACGGAAAGGCAGAGACAAAGAGAAGCGGGAGAAGGAGAAGGAUAAGGGCAAGGACAAAGAGCCACACAGCAGCAAACGUGGGGAAUCUGGAAACAUCAAAGCUGGAUUAGAACAUCUGCCACCAGCUGAACAGGCCAAAGCCAGACUACAGCUUGUUCUGGAAGCUGCUGACCAAGCCACCUUGGGAGAACAAGUAAAACGAGUGAAAGAAAUUGAAGCCAUUGAAAGUGAUUCUUUCAUCCAGCAGACAUUCAGAUCAAGUAAGGAAAUCAGAAAGGUGGUGGAGCCUAGUGAAGUGACACAUGCGACUUCAACGGCAGGCCCAGCAUCAGUAGUUGCUGACCCACCCAGUGCUGAACGGGAAGUAGACCCUGCCAUCCCCACUGCUAUCAAGUACCAAGACGACAACUCUCUGGCUCAUCCAAAUUUAUUUAUAGAGAAAGCAGAAGCUGAGGAAAAGUGGUUCAAGAGAUUAAUUGCUCUCCGACAGGAACGACUAAUGGGCAGUCCUGUGGCCUGAGCAGUACACCUAUGAUUGAAUUGACAGUAGCAUUGGAAAUUUAUGUUUUUAAAUCCAAAUAUUAACUUUUACUCUUAGAACUUAACUGUUUAUAUGAAAAGGUAAUCUCAUUUCAUUCUUUCUCAUGUGGGUUUGAAUAUUUGUUGAUUUCAACUGAAUCAAAUAUUGUGAAAUUUCAUAAUGCAUGAAAAUGUUGUACUGUUAAUAAAACUAAUCAUAAAAACAUCAGUAUUAAAAUAACUCAUGCUCAGUAGUGUUUGUUAAUGCAGUGUGAAAAUGUUGUGUGUGUGAUGACCCAAUAUUGAUUGAUUAUGUGUAUAUAAGAAUCAAAUUAUAUGCUGUAAAUUUGAGAUUCCAUCUGUGAAUCUCUUCUUAUCCCCUACUGAAAAUUUUUAGACACAACAAAAUGCACCCUAAACAG